AUGAGUGAAUAUGACCCAGUUUGGCACCUUGACAACAGCCUUAUGUCGAGCAGGGAGUAUUUGCAGCAGCAGUCAGGGACCCUUAUGAAAUAGUAGUGGCCUGGUAGAACUAUAAACUGAGUAGUUUGUAAUUAGCCCGUCGUUUAUCUGUCUAAUCAAAUAUCAUUAACAGGACCUAUGCUGUGCCAGCAGGGGGUUGCUGUGGUGGUGGUGCUGCUGCAAUGACACACACGCGCGCACGCUUAACGAGAGCGACUCGGAGGACGGUUGGAUUGGAUUGUGUUUCUGCAUCUUUGUGUUACACCCCAUCGAGCUAGUAGACCACUCAGGUAAGCACCGAAUAAGAUCUCCCUCUCCCUCCACCUCCGUUCUCGACGGCAUGAAUGAUAGAUUAAGCAGCUGGGCCGCAGUCUCCCGAGGAUGGGUCAGUGCGAUCACGGCGUGGAGGAGCAGAGCACGCAGGUAUACAGCACCACCAUACCCUGUGGUAGAUCUUUACUUAAUGGGUAGCGGCUACAGAGGAGAGAGAGGACUGUACCGUAAAUACACCAUUUCUUCAGAAUUGGAUUUUUGCCAACUAACUGUCAGCACACAUGUGACAUAACUCUGGUCCAGAGAGGGUGAAGAAUUUACAUCCAACCUGGAUGUCAUCAUCCCGUUCCUGAGUUUGACUGAGAACUUACCCACACAGAUUUGGAGAAUGCAGGGGUGUGCCCGGGGUCAGCUGGACAUGGAGGGGGCUCUGACCGCACGGGACCGCGUGGGGAUCCAGGACUUUGUCCUGCUGGACGCCCACACAAGCGAGACUGCUUUCCUAGACAACCUGAAGAAACGCUUCAGUGAGAACCUAAUCUAUACCUAUAUAGGCACUCUGCUAGUGUCUGUGAACCCCUACAAAGAGUUGGAUAUCUACAGUAAAAAACAGAUGGAUAUAUACAUGGGCGUCAACUUUUUUGAGCUUCCACCGCAUAUUUUUGCCCUGGCAGACAAUGCCUACCACACCAUGCUGGCUGAGGCCAACAACCACUUCAUCCUCAUCUCUGGGGAGAGUGGCGCUGGCAAGACAGAGGCUUCCAAAAAGAUCCUGCAGUACUACGCUGUGAGCUGCCCCAGUACCACCCUACUGGACAAUGUCAGGGACCGGAUGCUGUUGUCCAACCCUGUGCUGGAGGCUUUCGGCAACUCCAAAACACUGAAGAAUGACAACUCUAGCCGCUUCGGGAAGUACAUGGAUAUCCAGUUUGACAUCCAGGGGGAUGCCGUGGGGGGGCACAUCCUGGGCUACCUGCUGGAGAAGUCCAGAGUGGUCCAUCAGAACCACGGAGAGAGGAACUUCCACAUCUUCUACCAGCUGGUGAAGGGAGGAGAGGAGGACCUGCUGCAUCAACUAGGCCUCGAGAGCAACUGCCAGCACUACAGCUACCUGGUGCAAGGCGAGUGUGCCAACGUGGCCUCAAUCAAUGACAAGAAUGACUGGAAGACAGUGAGAAACGCCCUGUCCGUCAUCGACUUUGACGAGAGAGACAUACAAGACCUGUUAGGGGUCAUCGCAAGCGUCCUCCACUUAGGGAACGUGCAGUUUGAGCCUGACAGCAAAGGCUACGCCACGUUGAACAACAGCGCUGAGCUCCUCUGGGUGUCAACAUUGCUGGGCGUCAAUGUUCAAGUGCUGCAGGAGGGGCUGACAUCCAGGAAGAUUGAGGCCAAAACAGAUGAGGUGCUCAGCCCGUUCACAGUGGACCAUGCCAUCUAUGCCAGAGAUGCCCUCGCCAAAGCCAUUUAUGGACGCACCUUCACCUGGCUGGUCAAUAAAAUCAACGACUCCAUGGAAAAUAAGGACUCUUCAAGGAAGACAGUAAUUGGUCUCCUAGACAUUUAUGGCUUUGAAGUUUUCUAUGUCAACAGUUUUGAACAGUUCUGUAUAAAUUACUGCAACGAGAAACUGCAGCAGCUUUUUAUCCAGCUGACCUUAAAGUCGGAGCAGGAGGAGUACGAAGCAGAGAAUAUUGGGUGGGAGCCUGUCCAGUUCUUCAACAACAAGAUUAUCUGUGACCUAGUGGAGGAGAAACACAGGGGCAUCAUCUCAGUGCUGGAUGAAGAGUGCCUGAGGCCUGGAGAGGCCACUGACCUCACGUUUCUGGAGAGGCUUGAGGAAAAAUUAGACAGUCACCCUCAUUUCGUCACGCACAAGCUGGCUGACAAGAAGACACGUAAGACGCUGGAGAGGGGCAACUUUCGCCUUCUGCAUUACGCCGGGGAGGUCACCUACUGUGUUGUGGGGUUCCUCAGCAAAAACAAUGACCUGUUAUACAGAAACAUCAAAGAUGUGAUGCGGCAAUCUAAAAAUACCAUAGUCAGAGAGUGCUUUGCAUCAAAGGAGUCGGAUGGCAGGCGGCGACCAGAGACGGUUGCUAGCCAGUUUAAGAGCAGUCUGCUGGGACUGACAGACAUCCUCAUGUCUAAGGAGCCCUGGUAUGUGCGCUGCCUCAAAUCUAACGAGUCCCAACAGCCAGGGCAGUUUGACGACGUGCUGGUUCGGCACCAAGUGAAGUACCUGGGGCUGAUGGAACACCUUAGGGUCAGACGGGCAGGUUUUGCAUACCGAUGCCGCUAUGACGUUUUUCUGCAGAGAUACAAGCCCCUAUGCCCAGCCACCUGGCCCUAUUGGAGAGGAGUGGCUGCAGAAGGAGUGGAAGUGCUGGUGCAGCACCUAGGUUACCUGCCAGAUGAGUACAAAAUGGGCAGAACCAAGAUAUUUAUCCGCCACCCCAGGACACUUUUUGCUACAGAGGAUGCCUUUGAGGUCUGCAAACAUGAUCUUGCAUCAAGGAUUCAGGCCCAGUACAAGGCAUACUGGCAAAAAGGACAAUUCAGAAGACAGAAAGAAGCCGCCACCAAGAUUGAGACUUGCUGGCGAGGAGUACAAGCCAGGAAAGCGAAAGGGAGGAGACAAUGGGCUGUCAAGGUCAUCAAGAAGUUUAUUAAAGGAUACAUGGCCAGAGGGGAGGCAAAGACCACCGAUAACUCAGAAUACCUGGCCUUUGUCAGACAGAACUACCUAAACAGGCUGAAAGACAAUCUCCCCAAAAUGGUUCUGGAUAAAACCAGCUGGCUAACCCCUCCACCGGUAUUGAUGGAGACCUCAGAGAUCCUACGUCAGCUCCACAUGCGUCUCAUGGUGAGGAAGUAUAUCAGAGGUAUCACUGCACAACAGAAGGCACAGCUUCAACUCAAGGGGAUCACCAGUGUCAUCUUCAAGGGCAAGAAGGACAGCUACCCACAGAGUGUCUCCCAACCCUAUGUGGACACCAGAAUCAGUGAACAGGACAUAAAUAUGAAGGUCCUGCAGAUGAUUCGCCAUGAAGGAAUCAAGUACAGCAUACCAAUAGUGAAGUACGACAGGAAUGGAUUUAAAGCCCGACCUCGGCAGCUCAUCCUCACACAGACUGCUGCCUAUGUGGUGGAUGAUGCCAAGAUCAAGCAGAGAGUGUUGUACACUACUCUGAAAGGUGUGUCGGUCAGUACCUUGAGUGAUGGCAUCAUCAUUUUCCAUAUUCCAAGUGAAGACGAUAAGCAGAAGGGGGACCUAAUCAUGCAGUGUGACCACCUGUUUGAAGCGUUGACCAAACUCAGCGUGGUUGCCAACAAGCAGAGCGCCAUCAACGUGGUCCAGGGCAGCGUCAAGUUUCAGAUGAAGGCAGGGAAAGAGGGCAUUGUGGAAUUCAGCAGUGGCCAGGAGUCCAUGGUGUACAAGGACAAGAAUGGACAUCUCAUGGUGGUUUCCACUCGGACCAGGGCUCGAUGACCUGUGCAGGACAUAGAGACACACUAAGGAGAGGAUGGACAGGCACCCAGCAGACAGACACAUCAUCUGGAUUAGACCAAGAUUUUUGCUCUUGUAUUGCCUGAUUCCAGAUCUGUUUGUGUUGUACACAAACUCAAUAGCCAGUUGCAAACAAAUCUGGGAUCAGGCUGGUUUUUGUUAGAGAUGAACACCCCAAAAAUACCUACAGCUGUUGCUUUCAGAAAACCCGAAACUGCAAAUGUACAAACCAUUGAAUCAAUCAAUGUAUUUAAUGUCAAUCAGGCAAUCUCUUAAGAAAAUAUAUUUCAGUUCUUCUUAUGCACCAAUCCUGUGUGAUAGAAUUGACUGGAGCCAACCAAGUGUUCAUUUAAAGACAUACUCCGGUACUUUGGCGACUAAGAAAGUAUUUUUAAACCUCCCACAUUGGGCUGAAUGUGUCAAUUUGUAGUUUGUAGUUUGAAAGCGACUUUUCUUGAAGAUGUGCUGCGUUAUUUUCCCUAAAUUUAACCUCACGUGGCCAGCCACCUAGCAAUUUGAGUUCUAGCCAAUGAGCUUGCAUUUGAGUGACAGUGUUAUCCAACAAAGUUGCAGGGCGGGCCCAACGGCUCAGUGGACACAGCAGAGAGAGAGAGAAAUGACGUCGUGCACAUACAGUAUGUGACAUAUUAUGCCAUUUUCAGGGACCACUUUUGGCUCAUGAGCACUACUUUCAUAACUACUGACUAAUAAGUAUACAAAAGUACCGGAGAAUCUCUUUAAGGGACCCAAGAAAAGCACAAACCUGUGUCAUGUCUAUGAUCUACCACACACUUGUAUAUUUCAAUUCAUUUCUGUUUGUGAAUUCAAGGCUAAGGGAGCCUUUAUGUCUCUGCUGGUUUAGUAUUUCAGAUGUAAUAUUCACAUUACGGUGUUGUUGAAUUCAGAGCAAAGUGUACUUACUCUCUAAAAUAGUACAUUAUAUAUUUUUGUACUAUAGCAACCGUCAGGCUAGGAAUCAUUGAUUUUGGAACAAAGUCAUGUGUAUCAUAAUUUUGUAUUUCAACCAACAUUCAAAUGAAAUUAGAAAAAUAAAAUCACAACAUUAUAGAAAUCUUAAAUUAUUUGAUAAGAGGUAUCUAUAAACAUUUAAAUGCGGGACAUCUGUAGACAGAUGUCUUCACAAGUAUGGUUUCCUAAAAGAGAACACAUGUGGACAUACAGUUACAUUCCUUAAUGAAUACCCUGAUGAGGGCCAGGUCUAAAUGAUCUGCCUGUUAAAAGCUUGUAGGAGAGAGCUCUCUCCUCCUUCAGCCUUGGAGCUCCAUCAUUCAAUCAACCUGGAUAACACGUCACAGCUCAAGUUCUUCCCUUGUAAGCAAUCACUUACAUGGCAAGAAGGGACAAUGGGUUAAAUGGGAAAUCCUAUUAAUUAAAAAGUGGUUGUGGGAGAGUAGAGGUACUCUAUUGUAUGAUAUCUUUUUAAUCAACUAAAUGUUGACUGAUAUUCAAUAGGGUGAAUUAAAAAAAUGCAACAAAAAUAGUUGGAAAUUGAUAGAAUAUGAAAGGCUGCGAGCAGCGACACCGUCUCAGACACAAUGAGAUCAUCUGAUUCGAUACUGCCCCCUAGUGGGCUUUUAUUGUAGAACACCUGAUUGACAGCCAUCAUACAGCUUCUUCAAAAACUUAGAAGACUUUUCUUUCAACACAUCCAAAAACUCAGUGACAAACGUUGCAUGAUUCUUGUUCUUCUGGAUUGCAUUAUAGCAAGGACCAAAGAACACGAUGCUGACAUUGCAAUUCCCUCCAGUAUAACAACUGACAUUUCCAUUCCACACAUUUCCAGUCCCAUUAACAAUCCUAUUUACAUUCACGCACAGUAGAAAAACAAAUCAUCACCUCCAAACUCUGCAACCACCAACCGACAGAUGAGAAAAACAAAACAAUUCCUCAGAGCACUACACACAACAAGAUAGCCUACAAAUGAACACACGUGAAACAACUUCACCACAUCACACUACGCUUCAACUCGUCUCUCAUCCUCAGCAGUGAGCUCCUGUGUGAGAGUAGGAGUGGGGAAGACGAGGGAGAAGGAGAGGCGCUGGAAGUAAGGCACAGAAGAUUUCCACUGAGUCCAGGGUCAGACAUUUAGGGCCGGGCUUUGUAUGGUCGAGGUCAGUCAGGAGUUACUGGUGGUGGUGUGUGCGGUCGUCGGGCCGCUUGACGUGGAUCCUGCGCACCCUGUCAACGCGCUCCUCGUCUUCGUCCACGUGGUGCGAGUGGCCGGCGGCACCCCCUGUGGCCUCCAGCGGAGCGUUGUCAGGACCCCUCCCGUCCUGGGACUCGUACAGCAGGAUGUUGAGGGGCUCCUCGUAGAUCCACUCCACCUGGAACGGUAGGGGAGUGGAUAUGAUAUAUAUGCAUUUAUGUAUGUCUGUCUGCCUGGGUAUUAUGUUAUCUGAACGUAAAGUACGCCUGUACUUUGUUAAAAAAACAAAUGUCACAACGGCAUAUUAAAGUACUCUAUUUUAUGCUAACAGAAGGUUAGAGACAACCAACUCAUGAAUUGAAAUAAUUUACUAAGAAGGAAUCAGUUCUGUCAUCAGAGAUGGAAGCCAGAUACAUGAUGUACUUGCCCAGUUUGUGCUGAUUAAAAUAUCUUAAUGACGACAUCCCACUAUAAGCCAUCCCAGAGUAUGAUUCACUUGCGUUACCUUGGUCUGCUUCUUCUCUGUGGCGUAGACGAUAGAGGUGCAGCACACCUCGGCGAUCUUGCGGCCCUGGCCAUAUAAGGACCAGCAGCAGAUCUCGUUGCCGAUCACGUCUUUGUUGAGGACAGCUUGUUAAACAGCUCGAUGUUUUUCAACAUGUUGUCAUCAGAGUUACUGCCUGGAGGGAAGGAAGGGGAAGCCUGCAACAACCGGCUGCAUGUCACAUCAUCGACUAUGCUGUCGGACAUCAGAUUGCAAUGUCAAAUGACGUGGCUAUGUGAUAUGUUGUGCGAUAUUGCAGAUUUUUCACUUGAGAUUUACAGUUAAAGUCGAAAGUUUACAUGUACUUAGGUUGGAGUCAUUAAAACUUGUUUUUGAACCACUC